GAUGACUUCGAAAAUGACAGAGACAACAACAUGACUAUGGGUCUAAGUGGUCAUCGGUUCGCUAAAGGAUUGCCUUGUCUUAUCUUGCUUGUGAUUAUUUAUUUAUGAUUGAAUGUUUUAUGAAUUGUGAAUAUGUGUUUAGCACAUAACUAUCCUCGAACUAGUUUGGUUGGCUUUAGGAUUUAUGAUAUAUAAAAUUUCAUCAACAUUUGAAUAUGGCUUCGGAUGGGCUUCAGAAUGGAACGUCAAGAAGUACAUGCUUUUGGUGCAUUCGGGCAGUUAAAUGGAUACCAGUAUUAUUUAUUGUUACGAUUGUAAUGUGGUCUUACUAUGCAUAUGUCAUUCAAUUAUGUUUUCUUACAGUAAACAGUGACUUAGAAAAAGUAUUUUACUUACUGUUUUUCCAUAUAUUAUUUGUAAUGUUUUUCUGGUCUUACUGGCAAACUAUAUUUACUGAAAUUGGAACAGUACCUGUGAAGUUCAAAAUACCACGUAGCGAAAUGAAUUUAUUAUUACAAGCUGAAAGCACAGAUCAGCAAAAAAGGAUUUUAGAUAAUUUUUCUUCUAACUUGCCUACUACAAAUAGGACUGCUAGUGGAGUAGCUCGUUAUUGCGAUAAAUGUCAACAUAUCAAACCUGACAGAGCACAUCAUUGUAGUGUGUGUGGUACAUGUGUUUUAAAAAUGGAUCACCAUUGCCCUUGGGUUAAUAAUUGUGUAUCAUUCUUUAAUUAUAAGUAUUUUAUCUUGUUCCUGGGAUAUGCUCUCAUAUAUUGCCUUUACAUAUCUUUUACAAGUUUGCAUUACUUUAUUUUAUUUUGGAAAGGUGAAUUGGAAGGCAUGGGUCGAUUUCAUAUACUAUUUUUAUUUUUUGUUUCAAUAAUGUUUGCUGUCAGUCUUGUUAGCCUGUUCUGUUAUCAUUGUUAUUUAGUGUUACAUAACCGAUCAACUUUAGAAGCUUUUCGUGCUCCAAUAUUUCGAACUGGACCUGAUAAGGAUGGCUUUAGCUUAGGAAAGUACAAUAAUUUUCGAGAGGUAUUUGGCGAUAAUCCAAAAACUUGGUUAAUUCCAGUGUUUACCAGUUUGGGAGAUGGGGUCAUAUAUCCUGUUCAAGCACAGCAUCAAGUUAAUGUGUAUGAUUCUAUGGGAAACACACAAGCAAGUAUGGGGGAUGGAAUUGUUUUUCCCCUGUGUGUUAAAGAUGAAGAUGCGGAAGCUUUACUGUCAGGUGGAGAUCGGUGGCAAGAUGACUCUCUAUUUGAACCCGUUUCAACCACAGUGCAUUAAUAUUGUAGUUUCAGAAAAAUUUAUAUAAAUUGUACUCGUCAAGAUCGAAUGACGUUAUUUAC